AUGGCCACGAAACGCCCCGACUACACGUGGGUGAACGGUUACCAGCAGCUUCCCGAGCAUCCCAAGACUAACGGUUCGGCUGUCGAGAAUGAUGUGCCAGCCGACGACGACCCGACGGCCUAUGUCACGCCCCCGUCGGUCGAACUGGUCACGUCACCGGCGCACAACCACUUUGGAGUCAAUGUCAUCCGGAGCUGGCCAACAAUGUACGAUGGGACUAACAGUCCCCACGGGAUUCCGGAGUGGUGGAAACCGAAGCCCCAGGUUGAUGUCUUGAUCGUCGGAGCUGGUCCCAGCGGAUUGGGUCUUGCAGCCACUCUGGCGCGGCAAGGGGUUUCCUUCCGCAUCAUUGACAAGGCGGACGCUCCGCUGGCCGCCGGACGGGCUGACGGCGUGCAGCCGCGCUUCCUCGAGACGAUUGGCAAAUGGGGCCUGGCGUCGGAGGUGGCCGAGGAGGGACCCAUCAUCGAGCGGACGGCCAUGUACAAGGAUGGCGAGAAGCUCAUCUUCAACCGGUCGCACCAGUCGGACUCGCGGUACCGCGGCCUGCACGUCAUCACGCAGGGCCAGAUCGAGCGCAUCUACAUCCGCGACCUGCUGCGGCACAAGGCCAUCGUCGAACGCAGCCGCACCCUCUCGGCCUUCGAGGUGCUGCCGACGGACGGGAGCGCCAACGACGAGCCGUACCCGGUCCGGGCGACCGUGCGGAACCAAAAGACGGGCGAGGAGGAGGCCAUCCAGGCCAAGUUCCUCGUCGGAUCCGACGGCGGCGCCAGCAGCAUCCGCAAGAGCCUGGGCAUCCCCUUUGACGGCCACGGCUGCUGCGCCAUCAUCCCACGAGAAGACGGAUAUAUCCGCUUGUACACGCAGCUGGACAUCUCGCACACGGGACCCAUCAGCCAAUCGAGACAGGCCCGCGACCCUACGUUUGCCGAGUCGGGAGGCAAGGUCGAGGUCCACUCGAUCACGCCCGAAGAGGUCCUCGAGCAGGCCAACAAGGUGUUUGCCCCUUACAAGCUCAAGUUUGGUGCGCCCUUGAGCUGGUUCGCCAUCUGGAAGAUUUCGGAACGAGUCGCCCGAACCUAUUCGUCUCCCGACAUGUGGGUGCAUCUGGCAGGAGAUGCAGCUCACGUCCACAGCGUUUUGGGCGCCUUCGGCCUCAACGCCUCGAUCCUGGACGUGUGCAACCUCGGGUGGAAGCUCGGCCUGGCCUCCAAGGGGCUGGCGGACCACAAGACGCUCCUGCCGACGUACACGAGCGAGCGGCGGAAGCACGCAUCCAGGAUCAUCCGGGUGUCGGGCGAGUACCUCCGGUUCAUCAGCGGCUCCACGCUGGGCGUCCCGGACCUGGACGAACCGGAGAAGCUCGAGGCGGCACAGAUCGACGGACAGGGACAGGGACCCGUCAGCGGCAGCAACGGCGUGCACUCGGGCCACAACUUCGUCGGCCGCUUCUUCAAGACCAACGGCCAGUUCCUGCUGGGCGUCGACUGCCCCUACGACGAGUCGGUCGUCGCGCCGCGCCGGUCCGUCGACGGCAGCAGCGGCCGGGCGGCGGCCAUCGAGGUGCGCAACGGCGUGCGGGCGCCGAACCCGCGCGUGUGCUUCGAGACGGAGAAGACGGGCUACCUGUACGACGCGCUCUCGGGCGCGGGCCGCUUCCACCUCGUCGUCUUCGCCUCGUCGCUGCAGGGGGCCGAGGUCCGCCGCCGGGUCGGCGAGUUCGCCCGGUCGCUGGUCGACCCCGAGGGCUUCCACCGGCGCUUCGGCGGCGAGACCCUCUUCCAGGUCGUCCUCGUCGUCAAGCUGAUGCCGUGGGAGUUUGAGCAGUUCGAGGCCUCCGACGCCGGCCGCGAGCUGCUGGCCCCCCUGCGGCGCUUCGCCUCGACCGUCGUCGUCUUUGACGACCGCUCCCCCGACGAGGACGCGCACACGACCUACGGUGUCAACCACCGCACGGGCGCCGUGGCCGUCAUCCGGCCGGAUCUGUGGGUCGGCGCGUCCGCCUAUCCCGACGAGACGGACAAGAUUGCGGCUUACUUUGAGGGCUUCUUGACUGCCUGA